AGACUGAUUACACACUGCAAUUCUUUCCUUAGGGCACACAAGUUUCUUCAGGACGGCAAGUCUCUAUUUUCUUGCUGCCCUCACAAAGAAGUGCCAUGUUUAAUUAUAGCAUGGAUUAUGGAUGCAUGCAUAGAUUUGCCACUUAAUAACUUUCUUUCUGUAUGUGAUUCUGCUAAUAUUGAUGGAACAACCAAACUGUCUACCCAAGAAUGGGGCUCUUAUGGUCAUGCACAGAAGAUGCAGGCAGCUGCAACAUAUUUGUUUGGCCAACUUCAAUGCCUUGGAAAUUUGGCAUGGCACAAAUCUGAACUCAAAAGAGGGCAGAUGUUGGGCAAUCCAUUAGUUUCUAUGGAAGUCUCGGGCUUCAUG